AUGGAAAGAGACUUUGAACUCCUUUCACAGCUUGUGGUAGAAAAAGUUAAAUCAAGAGCACAAGAUUUAAAAGAACAAGAACAUUUUAAAGUCCCAUCAAUUUCAAGGCUAGGAAAACAUUGAAAAGAUUACAAAAGCAUGUCAAAAGAGAGUCUUAUAUUGAAUGAAGAAAAGCCUAAAAGCACGAAUGAUUGCCAAAGACAAAAAUCCAGGCGCAAUAACUCUGACUGCGUCGUUCUUGAGCCUCUUCCUCAAAAUGUGCCAGAUCUGCCACCAAUUGAAACUGAAACAGCAGAGACAAGUCUUGAUGCUAUUAUGCAGCACAUCGACGAUUCAGUCAAUCGGAGCAUUUUAGGAGUUUUCAACAGAGUUGGAAGAGAGCAAUCAAGAGAGUCGAAAAAGCUUAACAAAACAGUAAUUUGUCCAGCUCUUGAUAUUUCAAUUGAAGGAAUAUCCUCACAUCCACAUUUCAGAGCUCAAAAGAAGCCAUCUUUAAAACCCCAACUCGCAGAAUUGCCAAAGCUAGAGCUUCCUAAGAAAACUCAUAAGACUCCAAAAAAGGCUCAAAAAAUUGAAAAAUUGAAAAUAUGCCCAAAAGAAGUUAUUUGGAACAAAUGAAUUAAAGUGAUACAAUCAAGCAAUGCAAUUGAUUUUCAGAAUAAAACUACAACUUUUAAAUAUUAUAUAGGGAAAGGAAAUAAUUCGCCUUUAGUGAAUCAUAUUAUGAAAUCAAGGUGGUGGUGAAGCAGAAUUGAGAAUCCAUCUCAAGCGAAUUUGAUAUGGACUCAGCUUAAGCAUAGAUCUACUAUUGAGAGUUUGCCUGGUUUUACUGGAGUUAUAGAAGAGCAAUUAGUUCAAGAAACUCCAUCAAAAUUUGUCCAGAGUGAGGUUGAAGGAACUUUACUAAUUAAAAGCUCUCCAAGCUAUGCCAAGCUAAAGCCAAUUCAAAAUAUGUCAGAAGUUGUCAAGAUUCAUAAUAGAUUACCUAAUAAUAGCAGUCUUUGUAGCAAAAAGAAAUUAUUCAUCAACUUAAAAGCCUUCUACGAAUCUUAAAUUACGCCUUCCAUGAUGGCGAAGGCCGCAGUCCGACAGAAAAACAGGAAGUUCCGAAAUUCGGGUCACUUAACAAAAUGGCGGCCCCGAAGGGCCACGGGGUCGGAUGGAGGUGUGGUUUCCCGGGGUGGGAGCAGGUUUGGGCUAACUGGACCUCUCCUCGACCCACAGACGAAAGACCGACGGCGCAAUACCAAGCAGGUACUUCUGGAGGAGCAUUAUGUUGCCUGUAAAAUGGCAGAGGUAGUUCCAGAAGGAGGCAACGGACGGCUCCCUCAUACCCUGAGCACUACCAGGGGUUAAGAGAGUCCUUUGCUGAAGUUUUUUGGUCCAAGCAGGUUGGGUGAGUCUCCCCGAAAGAUGUCGACGUCACCAUUUUUGAUGACGUCAUCAGAAAAGGGCGUUAGCUGGGAUUAGUGCUUAACGCCACUGAAGCGCGAAGCUAAUCCGUGUAAGGGUAGGGGCUGGAAUAAUCCCCUGGGACCCCCUAUAAUUUAUCUCUCUCUCUACGAAUCUUUAAAUCAAGAUAUAUUCCGAGUUGUUCCCACUACUUUUCACAUUGACAGCUUAAAUUCUCAAAGCUGAAAUGAUUUUAACUCAGCUUAUACUCCGAAUUCAACCUGGAUCAUCAAACCAGGAGAAAAUACAAAUCGAGGAAAUGGGAUCCGAGUCAGCAAUUCUCUUCAAGAAAUAAACGAAAUAGUUUCUCUUGCGGGCUCAAAAGAGCGGACCUAUAUAAUUCAAAAAUAUAUUGAUAAGCCACUUCUUAUAAAUAAAAGAAAAUUUGAUAUCAGAUGUUAUGCAUUAGUUACCAGCAUAAAUGGGUAUCUCCAAGCAUAUUUUUAUGAAGAAGGAUAUCUAAGGACAGCUUCAAAAGAAUUUUCAUUAAAAUCAAACGAUAAAUUUAUCCAUUUAACCAAUGAUGCAGUCCAAAAUAAAUGCGAAGAGUAUGGGAAAUUCGAGUCUGGAAAUAAGCUUUCAUAUUCAGAUUUCCAAAAAUACCUUACAGCUAAUUAUCCGGAAAUCAAUUUUUAUGAUAAUAUUUUGCCACAAAUUAAAAAAUUUGUGUUUGAUAGUGUAAAGGCAGUUAAAGGAAUUUUAAAUGAUCAAAAAAAAAUGCAUGCUUUUGAGGUAUUUGGAUAUGAUUUUAUGAUAGACAGAGAUUUUAAGGUUUGGCUGAUAGAGGUGAACACAAAUCCAUGCCUAGAAUUAGGAUGUUCAUAUUUAGCUAAAUUAAUUCCUGCAAUGUUAGAGAAUGCUUUUAGGAUUGCAAUUGAUCCAUUGCUUCCUCCCCCAACUGAAAAUAAAAAAUAUAAGCAAUGGGUUGAAGGGAUUAAUUUUAAAAACGAGUUUUCCUUGGGAUUCAGCAUGCUUCGAGAUGAGAAUGUGAGCGCAUAA